UCUGUUAGGAGAUUGUUUGUAACGUUUUAAAAUCGAAACAAAUUAUUAAGCACUUACGCGUCAAGUGAAAUUUAGCUGUCUCGCGUCUUGUGCUAAUUAAUGCCUAAUGUUCAGCGUUAGUUGAUAGGACUGACAAAAGUAUCGUUACUUCAUUCGCUAACGUUAUCGGCAACAGGUGCUUGUGUUACAUAAAGAGGGAGAUGGACCAAACUACAUAUCCUCGUAUUUAUGUGGAAAGAACUCUGGCCCUUAUUAAACCAGAUGCCAUCCACAAAGCUAAGGAGAUUGAGGAUGUUAUCCUCAAAUCUGGCUUCAUUAUCCUGCAGACGCGGAAGCUGCAACUGAGUCCAGAGCAAUGCAGUGACUUCUACGCAGACCAGUAUGGAAAGAUCUUCUUUCCCAGCUUGACGGCCUUCAUGAGCUCUGGCCCCAUCAUUGCCAUGACUCUGGCCCGCGAUAAUGCUGUCGCCCACUGGAAGUCCAUCAUAGGGCCUGUCAACAGCAUCAAGGCCAGAGAAACUCAUCCAGGCUGCCUUAGAGCAAAAUAUGGCACGUCUGACCUGAAAAACGCACUCCACGGCAGCGACUCAUUUCAUGCGGCUGAAAGGGAGAUCAAAUUCAUGUUCCCAAACUCUGUAAUUGAACCCUUUCCUUCAAGAGAAGCGAUUAAAGAAUACCUGAGCAGGUAUGUAAACCCAACUCUGCUACGUGGACUCACUGAGCUCUGCAAGCAAAAGCCACACAAUCCCUGUAUUUGGCUUGCUGACUGGCUGAUCAACAAUGACCCAAAUAGGCCUCAAAUAUGUUAUGGAGACAUUGUGGAAGAAGCAGAAGGACAAUAGGGAAACAAGAGGGAUGACUAUGAUA